AUGGCGAUCGAAGCUGAACGGAUGCACAGCCAAGCGGUUGAAAGGGCCGGGGAAUUGUCGUUGCAAUUGAAGUUGGCAAAAGAGGAGUUGUUGAAAGCUCAACAGGAACUUUAUAAAGAGCGAGAGAACGAGCGGACCAAAAUGGGAGAAAUUUCGGGACUGUUGAGCGCGAUAAAGAAUGUGAAGGCCAGGAUUGCCAAGGUUGAUGCAGAGCGUCAGCGACAACAGGAGCUCCUUUAUAAUGCAGAUUUCGAGUGUCAACUGAUGGAAAGGAAAGUGGCCCGAAUCAAUGGGGAAAGGAGUGUUGAGGAGAAGGAGGAAUUAAAUAGGAAAAUCAAAGAAAGUGAAGUGCAGUUGGAGGAACAACAG